AAUUGAAGAAUUCUUAAAAGAUGUAAGCAUCUCGGCGUGAAACUACUAACAAAUCCGUAUCCUCCGUCGCAUUAUCGAGAGCAUUCUCGGGCAAAGUAGAGUAACAACGUGUGUCUUGUCGGAUUUACUUGUCGAUCAACACACACGGCACAAUACGCUUUUUUGCAUUUUCCUUCGUCCGAAGAGAACGAAGGAAAAUAAAAAAUUGAAAUCAACGACACGACGUGCAUUGAAUAAGAGUUAAACAAAAAUGUGCGCGUGAAACAACGAGAAUAAGAAGGAAAUUGCGUGAAUUUUCCGCAGUGGUAUUUGUUUUCUUUUUCUCUUAUGGUUUGUUGUUUUGUUGCUAGUUCAUUUCGUGUGUAUGUGUGUGUGUUUGCGAAUCUUAUCAAAGAAACGAUAGAGAAAAUUUAAAUAUACGGGGGCCUAUUUCCAAAAUGUGCACCAAUUCGGUGAUAUGUGCAUACUAAAAUCGAUACCCGCUUUUACAUUACCAUCGCGUAUCGUUCUUGUUGCGUUGUAAAUUAUCGAGGAGCUGCUGGUCGCUACCGAAACGACAACAACGACGACUACGACGACACCACACCAACAUAGUAAUAUACAAUAGUAAAUGAACCAUGUAUAUUGCGAUGAAUGGAUGAUUAAAUUGAUAGAAAACCGGACUAAAACAUAACUGCACAACAAUUCGCCCAAGUAUUUCGACCACACUUCCAACUUGUACCAGAGAGAGAUUAAAGCCUAUUUGCCAGACGAAUAAUUCAGGUUGUUUCCAUAGUCGAUUUGCGACACCACGUUUGGGACAAAGCAACCGAAAAGACAGACCAAGAGAGGCAGAGACAGAGGGAGGACGAGAGGAAGAGAUAGAGGGACGUGCGGCUGAAUUGAAGCAUGUCGGUGAAAAUGACCCGAUACAAGCAAGCCGAUUUUGCUGAUGAAGACACGAGCAGCAUUGGCUCGAGGUCGAUACAUUUGAAUGAAACCACAACCAUCCCGUCAAUGCACAUACGCUAUCACACAACACAAGGAGUCACUUUAUGGCGAACGCGAACCAAAUUAGAAAAGUAUUUAAUUAUUGCAAUUUGUACGUUAGCUAUCGCAUUUAUCGUUUUCCUGUUAUGCACUCGAUCGCCCGGCGAUGCACACUCUCAAUAUCAUCAAGGCAUAAGUCCCUGUUUAAAGGAGCCAUGCAUUCAUGCGGCCAGCGAGAUACUGAAUUCAAUUGACCAGAAAAUUAGUCCAUGCGAUGAUUUUUAUGGUUUUGCCUGUAAUCGUUGGAUAAAAUUGAAUCCAAUUCCCGAUGGUAAAUCAAUGUGGGGCACAUUUGGUAAAUUGGAGCAACGCAAUCAACUGGUGAUAAAAAAUGUACUCGAACGACCAAUGACAAUGUUUAAAUCAAAAGCUGAAAAGAAAGCAAAAUUGUACUAUGAAUCGUGUUUGGAUGAAAAUGAAACGGUUGAAAAACUUGGCGCCGAACCAAUGUUGAAACUAAUUCAUAAUAUCGGCGGUUGGAAUGUGAGCAGCAAUGCAACGAAUAAAUUCAAUGCGGCCAAUUGGUCACUUGAAGUGGCAUUGAAAGUGUUGCAAAACAAGUAUAAUAUGGGCGGUUUGUUUGGAUGGGCGGUUGGUGAAGAUGAUCGAAAUUCGUCGCGACACAUUAUUCAAAUUGAUCAAGGUGGCCUAACGCUUCCGACCAAAGAGAAUUAUUUAAAUAAAACGGCACAUGCAAAAAUUCUAUCCGCUUAUUUGGAUUACAUGGUCAAAGUGGCCGUUCUACUUGGUGCCAAUGAAACCGAAGCCACACGACAAAUGCAAGCGGUCAUCGAUUUUGAAACGAAAUUGGCCGAAAUUACCGCGCCACCAGAUGAACGACGAGACGAAGAGCUUCUUUAUCAUCCAAUGACAUUGAAAGAGCUACAGGAAAAAGCACCAUUGAUCGAUUGGCGGGCACAUUUCGAAGAUGCGCUACGAAUUGUUAAACGCAAAGUCACCGAAAAAGAGCGAGUUGUCGUUUAUGCGCCCGAAUAUUUGGAGAAAUUAACCGUUAUUGUGAAGAAAUACAAUGAGACAGACGAUGGCAAAAUUGUUUUGAAUAAUUACUUAAUAUGGCAAACGGUACGUUCGUUUACUGCGUGCCUAUCGAAACCGUUUCGUGAUGCGUACAAAGGUCUUCGAAAAGCGUUAAUCGGUUCGGAUGGCGGUGAAGAGCCAUGGCGAUACUGUGUAUCAGACACAAACAAUGCCAUCGGCUUUGCGAUUGGUGCAAUGUUCGUUCGUGAAGUGUUCAAUGGUGAUGCCAAGCCACAGGCUGAAAAUAUGAUCAAUAGCGUACGUGCAGCGUUCAAAGAGAAUCUAAAAAAUUUGGAAUGGAUGGAUCCGGAAACGCGUAAAUUGGCUAAUGAAAAGGCCGAUGCCAUUUCCGAUAUGAUUGGUUUUCCCGACUACAUUUUAAAUCCACAAUUGCUGGAUGAACGAUACAAAAUGCUAGAAAUCGAUCCAAACAAUUAUUUCGAAAAUAACGUGAAGCUGAAUGUGUUCAAUUUGAAGAAAAACUUGGAAAAAUUGGACCAACCGGUGAACAAAACUAAAUGGGGAAUGACACCACCAACGGUCAAUGCAUACUAUACACCGACCAAAAAUCAAAUCGUUUUUCCCGCCGGCAUUCUGCAGCUUCCAUUCUACGAUAUCAACAAUCCGAAAAGCUUAAAUUUUGGCGGAAUGGCCGUUGUCAUGGGUCAUGAGUUGACGCACGCAUUCGAUGAUCAGGGUCGUGAGUACGACAAGUACGGAAAUUUACAUCAAUGGUGGAACAACAAAACCAUUGAACGUUUCAAGGAACGUGCCAACUGCUUCACCAAACAGUACAAUCAAUACGAUAUCAACGGGAAACAUUUGAACGGAAAACAAACAUUAGGUGAAAACAUUGCGGAUAAUGGUGGAUUGAAGGCUGCCUACAAUGCUUAUAUCAAAACAAAAAGUGUCGAUGAGAUUGAUGUAAAUCCGUUGCCCGGUAUCAAUAUGACGCAUCGUCAACUGUUUUUCGUUUCGUUUGCUCAGGUAUGGUGUUCGGCAGUGACUGAUGAAACAACCAAUUUACAAAUUGAAAAAGAUCCGCAUUCACCGCCGCGGUUCCGUGUAAUCGGAUCAUUAUCGAAUUUAAAGGAAUUUUCGGAAGAGUUCAAUUGUCCACUCGGUUCGCCGAUGAACCCACGCGAAAAAUGUGAAAUGUGGUAGGCGUGCAAGAACGCGAAUCUGGCACAAAUGUGCAACACACACACACACACGCACACACCAAAAUUGGUGCUUAAAUUCGAUCGGUAAUGUUGCAACAUCUUCAUUUUAUUCGCAGUGGAAUUAAGUUAUGCAUUGCGCACACACACUAAAUACAAUUAUUAUUAUCAAAAGCGGAAUAAUAGUCAAGGAUAACUAAAGAAUCCGUUUGAAAACUAUGUGAUCAGCAGAAUUGUUUUUUUUUUCAUUUAUGACUAAUUUUUUUGGUCAACCGGAAUAAAGGAGACACUGGAUAGGAGGCUCUUGUUGUGUUAGUUAUUCGAAGAAGAGAGUGUCUGUAUUGAGCGUUUGAAUCUGAUUCGUUCGAUGGUUUGAAUAUAGAGAAUCAAACUCCUUCGUUUUAUGGUUAAUCCUCCUUGGCUUUUUGUGUAAUUUAUAAAAACUUAGUUUUUAAAAUUAAUAUGGAUAUUAAUGUACCUAAUUUUAUAGCUGCCAAAGAAAAAAAAAACAAACAAACAAAAAGCACAUGGAACAAACAAUUUUUUUUCGGAAGAUAGACAAUUAUCAUGAUUUAUUGUAUAUUUAAUAGAAGAAGAAAAAUUAACUGUUUUAAUGAGACAUUAACAGCAAGUGUGACAUUUUGUGAAUCUGGCAUAGAGAGUGUGUGUGUUUGAUUAAUGUCGUAAAUGAUGAUGUCCAAAAUAUGAGGAGCAACGCAGAAAAAACGAUUCUGUUCUUUUUCUAUACAUAAUCGUGAUGAAUAUGACACCCAUAGAACAAAAGAAUAACUUUUGAGCUCUUUAUCCAUAACUGAGACGAAAAUGUCCAGUAAUGGAUAAAGAGCUCAUAAGAUGUUCUUUUGUUCUAUGGGUGUCAUAUGUGUAUGUUGACAUCAUCAUCAACCUAUAAAUAAAUAUAUGAAAACAAUAUAUAUAUAUAUAUAUAUAACAUGAUAAUUGGCGAUGUGAUUGUGAUUCACACACACAAAAAUUAAUUUUAUGUCAAAUGUAAGGGAAUGUGUGUAUUUUAUACAUAAUGAAAAAAUUAUAUUUUAUACUAAAAUAAGGAAAACAACAGAAACACGAGAGAAUAACAACAGAACACCAUAUGCUAUACAAUUCUGGAUAAAAGUAAGACGAAAAGAAGCACAUAAUGCACAUUUAACAAGCUGACUAAGCAAAAAAAAAACACCAUAUUUGUUUCCUAAUCCAAAAAGUCAUUUAAAGAGCAACAAAAAAAAGCAUUUAAAAUCUAAGGAAUAAACUCAAUCAAAUGCUAAGCCAAUUGAUCAUCCAUUUUAUGUAAACUAUUAACGCUCACCAAUGCACACAAUCACACACACACACACACACAACACAGAUUUUAUCAACAACAACAGCAAUGCAGAAGAAAAAAACAGCAGCACAAACAUUUAUCAACCGGAGUCGAUUAUGGACGAUUAAGAAUUAAAUUACGCUUGUACAAUUAUUUUAACGUUUUACAGUUUUAUUUGGACAGAACAUGUUUCUAUUUAAAAGAACUAGCACAAACAACAAAACAAUAAAAGUACCAAUCAUUCAGAAUGAA